UCGCCGGGAGGGGGUGGAGCUUGACUGCCGGCGCCCGCUGUAAACAGACAAUAUGGCGGCUGCGGCUCCGGGCGCUCUGGGCGCCCUGAGAGUGGGUCGCGCUCGCCUGUUGGCCUCGUGCUGUACGCGGCUUGGCCCAUCCGCCUGGGUCAGGGGUCCCGCCCCGAGGAGGGGUUACAGCUCUGAGGUGAAGACGGACGACGAGCUGCGCGUGCGGCACCUAGAGGAGGAGAACCGAGGAAUUGUGGUGCUUGGAAUUAACAGAGCUUAUGGAAAAAAUUCACUGAGUAAAAAUCUUAUAAAAAUGUUAUCAAAAGCUGUGGAUGCUUUAAAAUCAGAUAAGAAAGUUCGCACCAUAAUAAUCAGGAGUGAAGUCCCUGGGGUGUUCUGCUCUGGUGCUGACCUUAAGGAGAGAGCUAAAAUGCAUUCCAGCGAAGUUGGUCCCUUUGUUUCCAAAAUAAGAGCAGUGAUCAACGACAUUGCGAAUCUUCCAGUGCCAACGAUCGCAGCAAUAGACGGACUUGCUCUGGGUGGUGGUCUGGAGCUGGCGUUAGCGUGCGAUAUACGAGUAGCAGCUUCCUCGGCAAAAAUGGGCCUGGUUGAAACAAAGCUGGCGAUUAUUCCUGGUGGAGGGGGGACACAGAGAUUGCCCCGUGCCAUCGGGAUGUCCCUAGCCAAGGAGCUCAUCUUCUCUGCACGAGUUCUUGAUGGUCAAGAAGCCAAAGCUGUAGGCUUGAUCAGCCAUGUGCUAGAACAGAACCAGGAGGGGGAUGCGGCCUACAGGAAGGCGCUGGACCUGGCCAGAGAGUUUCUUCCUCAGGGACCUGUUGCAAUGCGAGUGGCAAAAUUAGCAAUUAAUCAAGGGAUGGAGGUCGACUUAGUAACAGGGUUAGCCAUAGAAGAAGCCUGUUAUGCUCAGACCAUUUCAACGAAAGACAGACUUGAAGGUCUUCUUGCUUUUAAAGAGAAAAGACCCCCUCGCUAUAAAGGAGAAUAGGAGGAGCAGAACUCACGAUGCCCCUGGGAUGAGCAUCAUGCUGGCAGCGUCCUUAGAUCCACUCCAUGCCCGGCACGUGGAAUCCCAAUGACCAAAGUGGAGAGCAACGUCUUGCUACGUCUGGAGCAGGCCCAAGUGCUCCAGCCACUGUGUAUCAUGCCAUAUUUAUUCAGAUUUAUAAAGCUAGUAGUGUAUAUUGUCAGAAAUACAUUCAAAUUAGGUGUGUUUUUAAUCUUUCCUGCAUAUGAGGCUUUCUGUUCUUAAUUUUUUAAUGUGAAUAAUUUAUAUAUUGCAGUCUAGGGAAUAACUGAUUAUGUCUACUGUGCUGCAUUAAGAAAUUAAAAGUAUUUCUGUAUACCAAAAAUGUGAAGUUAUACCAAAUAAAUUUCCUAAGUGAUUAUGUACAUAUGAAUGCACAUGUCCAUCUCAACCUGGAAAAGUUGGUAAAUAUUCUGAGUGAAACUCCCUGAUGUAAAUAAAGUCAGUGCAAAGAAGAC